GGCUCGUUCACGAACGACACAUUCCUUACAGUGUUACUUCCGUGUGCGGAGGUAGCGGGGUAGGUAGGAGCUGAGGAUGUUUACACUAGUAAUACAAUGAGAGUUUUUAAUUUAAAACAUCGAAUAAGUUUAUACAAAGGAAAACUACAUCUAUAAGGUGCUAAAAUGGAGUUUUCAACCCCGCCCCGCUACAUUCAUGUGAAUGAUUACACCGGGAGGCAGUAACCGACGCACAGACCUUACCUGCACCGCAAUAAUUCAAGAUGUCAGGUGGGAACUUCUUGAGCAAGGUGCGGUCCGCCUUCAGGAGAGAGCCGAGCGACUGGGACCUGAGCGACACGGCGCCCUUUGACUUCUCCGACGAGCUGGUGGAGGAUGAGACGCCCAAAUUCAACAAGCUGAAGGUCGUGGUCUCCGGGGAGAUGUCAGACUACUCUGCCGGAGCUUCAUCCAACGGAGUGUCCGUGAACACGCUGGUGGUGGCGGAUGAUGAUGACUCCCUGCUCGAGUCUUCGUCCAGCCUUGGCAGCCCCGGGUUAAACAUGGACCCCUGUGACAGCUGCACCAAGAAGAGGGAGAAGAUCAAACACAGGAGGGUGAUGAAGAGGCUCGUCGUCGCAGCUGUGCUGUACUUCCUUUUCAUGACUGGUGAAAUAAUUGGUGGUUAUGUAUCGAACAGCUUAGCCAUUAUGACCGACGCUGUGCACAUGCUAGCAGACGUGGUGGGCAUUUUGUUCUCUCUGCUGGCCCUGUGGCUCUCCACCAAACCGCCCACCAAGAAAUUCACCUUCGGACUGCAUCGCCUCGAGGUGGUAUCGGCAGUCCUCAGUGUGAUGCUCAUUUACAUUCUGACGGCCAUACUGCUCUACGAGGCGGUGCAGAGGACGGUACACCAAGACUUUGACAUAGAUGGAGAUGUCAUGCUCAUCACUGCAGCCGUGGGAGUGGCUGUCAACCUCAUUAUGGGUUUCUUGUUGAACCAAGGCGGUCACCUCCACUCUCAUGGCCAUGGUCACUCUCAUGGCCAUGGUCACUCUCAUGGCCCCGCAGCUCCCUCAAGUUCACACUCAGGUGGGUCCGGACAGCAGCAGAGGCAGCAUGGCAGCUUGGCUGUGAGAGCUGCCUUCAUCCACGCUUUGGGAGACCUCCUCCAGAGUGUCGGGGUGCUCAUAGCUGCCUACGUUGUCCGAUUUAAGCCGGAGUUUAAGUUGGCAGACCCCAUCUGUACCUACAUCUUCUCCGUCCUGGUUCUCUUUACCACAUUCCGCAUCAUACGAGACACGAUAGUCAUCGUGCUAGAGGGUGUUCCCAGGCAUCUGGACACUCGGCGAAUCAGAGAAGACCUCCUGAAGCUGGAGGAUGUCCAGUCGGUUGACGAGUUGAAUGUCUGGGCGCUGACAGCUGACAAGACCGUAGCACUUGUGCAUCUCCAGCUCGCGUCCUCUAGUGCCACAAACUGGGAGGACGUCCAGGCGAAGGCCCGCCACCUGUUGCUUCACACCUACGGUCUCACCAGGUGCACGGUGCAGGUCCAGACGCACAGGCUGAGGCCGAUACGCAGUUGCGCACAGUGCCAGCAGCCCAGCGCCUGAAAAGAGAGACUCAUACCUACAUUGACUUCCACAGACGGGGCUGCUGUCGCAGCUCAGUGCCAUAGCAGGAGCAAUAGUAUACGGUCGUAAGUGGGGGGAAAAAGACUGGUGCCAAAGGACAGUCAGUGGAACAACAGCAGAUGCACACGUCUAAUUAAAGGAUCACUACAGCCUCCGGGGAUCUCUUAUGCUUGCAAAGCUUUCAGGGAGGCGUUUGAAUGCUUAAAGUCUCAGCCGAGAAGAAUGAAAACAAAAAAACAAACUUACUCCUAAAUUCACCGUUAAAGCCUAUUCCAACAGGUUGCUUUUAUUUUUUAUGAUUGUACUGUUUUGAUUUAUCACAAUGUGAUGAUGUUUUUUGUCAUCGGAUGUAAAUGUUCUUUUUGUUAUUAGGUGUCAGGACUGUAUACUAAGAUUUUACUAAGGAUGUCCGCAAAUGAAAAAAAGGUACCUCGUGUCGUUUGAUUCUAACUGUGUUCACAGUGCAUAUAAGCUGGUCUCAACCUCGACCAUCCCUUUAGGAGACAUUACAUCUCAUCAAAUGCACUUAAUUGUUAAUAUUCUUCGGCCAAAGUCUGUCGUAGGGCAGAUUUUUAAACUGACAACACCUUUUAACACCGAAGUUUUAAACUAGCAUGUCUCUUAUUAAUCGUGGCGAGCAGGCAACUGACAAUCAAGCGUGGCUGACUUUGAAACUUUGAAUAAGGGUAAACAGCUACAGUUGGUUGGACCGACUUCACUUUGGUUUCAGCCUUACACCUCAUACUCAGCCUUUCUUUUCUUUUUCUUUUUUUCUUCAUAUAAUUAACUCAUGGUAUUAUAAUAAUAAUAAUAAUGCGCACAGGUUUGCAAAAGUAUUUGCUGUGUUUUCAUUCACAGAGCGAGCUGUGAGUUGAAAUGUGCCAAUAAUGGUGUUUCUAUUGUUUUCUCCGUCAAGUGUUUAGAGGCUGUGGGAUUUCCACGUCUCUGAUAUUAAUCAUCGAGAUCAAAAUCAGGAACUGGAUCACUGUUUUUUUUUUUUUUUGGUUUAUAAUAAAGUAUUUAAUCUUUUCUGUG